GGAGAAGGAUUAACCGUGACACCAUUAUGGAGGAGGUCGUCGGAAGCUCCGAACCCCAGGCAGAGCCUGAGGGCGAGGAACCGGAAAAGGUCUAUGGGAAGCCUAGGGAAGAGGAGUCUGCGGACAAGGCUACCGCCACGAAGAAGAAGUUUCGGUAUCAAAUCCUGAUCUUAACGUUGCCUGAGCUCGACGACACCAUUAGCAAGUUACUAGGAACCAUGGUGUCGGUGUCUUUUCAGACCAUGCUGCAGGCUAGCCUUAGGUUGCUCAAAGGGCUCAGACAACUUUUGACUCGGAGGCGAGUAGAAAUAGGCGACAACCCCGAGUUACCAGAAGGGGAGAGGGAGGAGGAAGCUCCGCAAGAAGUGGCUAACCUUCAGAGGAGUCACGGGGACUUGGAGGAUCUCGAAAAGGCCUUUGCAGACAUUCGUUUGAGCUUGCCCGACCGAGAGGGUGGCGAAGUCAUGAGAUCACCACCCGGGACGAAGCUUAGCUUUCAUGCGCUGCCCGUAGGGAAACUGAAAAUCCAGAUCGAGAGUCAUCAUACCGACGCAUUCGUAGACGGGGGAGCAGAAAUCACUCUCAUAAGAAGAGAUUUCGCAACGAUCACAGGAUGUACGGUAAACAAGGAAGUAACAGGGAACAUCCGGGGAGUUGGCGGGGAAAUCCCGUUCGCUGGGUAUGUCACGAAGUGUGCUGUAAAGGCAGGGGUCAGGGAAUCGAUCUGGUCGUUUCAGCGGAUGACCGUUAUGGAGGAGAUAGACCACGACAUAAUCCUCGGGAGACCGUGGUGCGCGAACGUGGAGAUGAUAGGCAUGCACUUGCACGAUGGCUCAUACAUGGUAGACAUAGAGGACCCUGUGACCGGCCGGGGAGAGCUCCUCCGACUCCUUGGAACGGGAGGAGACCCCCCAAAGGGGAAAUUGGCAACUUGGUCGCCGUCGUUCGAGGAUAGCACGCGAAAAGGGGCUUUCACACGGAUGGAGGGUAUGAGAGAAAGGGACAUUAAGGACUUACUCCGCCGGUUCCUAGUAUACAACAUUACGGCUAGUGAACCGAAGAGUAUCCUAGCAGUACCGAAGUUUACUAUACUACGAUUUCGUUGCGGUGCUUACGGCAAGAAGACGGAUCCGGCAAAAAACGACAAGAUAUCAAAGUGGCCGACACCGCUGCGCACGACGACGGAGGUAAGGGCAUUCCUAGGCGUAGUCGGCUUUUGGAGGAUCUUCAUUAAGGACUUUGCCAAAAUUGUUGAGCCUAUCCGGGCUAUGAUCAGGGAAGAAGGAACCAUGGAUUGGACGGAGGAGCGAGAAGGAGCUGUCCAAAGGCUCAAGGACAUAUUGACAUCUGAGACAGUCGCCCUGUCCGCGCCUUGUCUUAAUGACGAAGUGGGACGACCCUUCAUCCUAGAGACAGAUGGAGGACCUUUGGCCGUAGGAGGUGUGUUGAUUCAAAGGGAUGAGGGAGGAAAAGAGAGGCCGAUUAGGUUCGAAAGUAGAACCCUGAACUCCGCAGAACGGCGCUACUCGCAAUUCAAGAAGGAAGUCUUAGCCAUCCUGCAUUGCCUUAAGACCUUCCAGGCCUACCUAUUUGGGAGGCGGUUUAUCUUAAGGAUCGAUCCGACGAAUGUCGCAGGGGCUCUAAAGAAUUACAGGCCUAUAGAUCCGACGGUAGGGAGAUGGGUAGGAUUCAUCUGGCAGUUCGAUUACAAGAUCGAAUGGAUUGCUGGAAUCCGCAACAAGGUAGAUGGGCUGAGUCGGGUUCGCAUCACUUCCGAAGGGAUGGAGGAUGCAGAGCCUUUAGACGAAUUCCUCGAAUACGAAGGAGGGACUCUCGCGGUGGAUAACGAAAUGAUGAGCGGGGGAUGCACAUCGGGAGAACUAUUGAUCCAGACUUUGGAGAAGGGGGCACCUGCUGUAGUAGCGGAACUUAGAGAAGGACCAGUUACCACUCGAGGACGCAGAGAAGAAAAUGAUUCAUGGGGAGCGAUAGUAGGACCGAAAGAGGAUCUAAUAGCAAUGGCAGUCGAGGGAGGCCAGGAAGCAGUGAUGAGCUUAGUGGAAUCUUGGGAAAGGAAAGAGUUGCAAUGGGACCAGGUUAAGAAUGUCAGAAAGGAGCCACUUCAAGUGGGAGAGAUGGUAUUGCUAAGGAACUCGGCACUAGAAAGUACUUGGUCGGGACAACUGGGAAAGAGGUUCAAAGGCCCCUACCGGGUCGCCAAGCGGUUGGGACUGAACACCUUCGAACUGGAAGAUUUGGAUGGAACUGGAUUGAAAGGACCCUUCCCGAGGCAACGAUUGGUCAGGUUUCUAAGCCGGGACCCAGUGGAACAAUGGCUUCAGGAGGCCGAAGAUAAGGAAACUGAGGGGCCACAAGCUAAAGACUGACCACAGCCUUGCCCACACUAUGGUUUGUUUCUGACCAUGUUCAUGGGACUGUCAUUUUUUUUUUUUUUUUGGGACAGGCGCUUUGGCUUGGACU